AUGUCUAAGAAAUUAUUUGCGAUCUUUAAUGCGAAUAAACCGCCUUCGCCGUCUUCUGUGGUCUCGGUUUGUACUAACGUCAUAGACGACACUGACCCAGACGACACUUUAAGUAGUAGUCAAGGGAGUAUUGCUACAGUUGAAUCUAUAAAAGUACCUGAACCUGAGACUUGUAAUCUAGGAACUUUACUGACUGGUCCAGCUCGUCCAGUACUUGAGGCAAGAAACUUUAAAGAAAUUUGCAGUUUGAUUGCAAAACAUUAUCCAGAAUUUGCAGAAAAGUUUCAAAAUACUACCAAUUACACUAGUCAUGCUGUGCAAGAUGAGUUGGCUAAUUUAUGUGCUGAAAACAUAAGACAUAAAAUUAUAAAAGAAAUUGAAGACACUAAAGUUUUUGGUAUAAUGUGUGAUGAAGCUAGGUAUUUUAAGCAAGAACAAAUGUCUUUAUGUGUAAGGUAUACUGUUGGCCUUAAUAUUGUUGAACGAUUUCUGGGUUUUAUUGACGUUUCUGACAAACAAGAUGAUGAAUCCCUAAGUGCCCAUAUAUUUGCUUACCUUACUAAAAAUAACAUGGACACGUUUCAUGUUGUGGCACAAUCCUAUGAUGGGGCAAAUGUAAUGUCUGGAAAGUUCAAUGGUGUUCAGGCUAAAAUUAAAAAUAAAUUUCCAUAUGCCGUUUAUACGCAUUGCAUGGCCCAUCGUAUAAAUUUGGUAGUAAUUGAUAUGUGCAAAUAUGUUAAGGUAAAUUGUAAUUUUUUGUAAGAGUAUGUUUUAGCUAUUUUAGCUAUG